AUGUGGAAGCUGUGUAAGUGAAAGGGACGGUUUAUACGGACAUGUCUGGGCGUAUAACAUGUCACUGUAGCAAAAGUAGAUACAGUAAAGGUAUGAAAAUUAUUCAUAUGGCUUUUUAAUACCACUGCGAAAAUUUUAAUUUUUUUUCACAAAAUGCUUCCUUAGGUGACAUGUUAUACGAUAAAACCUUUCUAAUUUUCUCCACCGCUUUUGAUGCUGUAGGAAUUCGUAAAGUAAUAACACUCGAAAAGCGCUGUUUAAGGUCGAUUUCGGGGUUCUCGGCAAUUUAUAUCGAAUUCCUCUAUAAUGAACAUAAAAUGUAGAUCCCUGCGGGUUAUUUAUAUAGAGACCCUAAUACAAAAAGCUAAACACAUUUUAAUAAAAUUUUGUUUUAGCUCUUCUGCUUAAGUCACGGAAAUGGUAACAACAAGGAAGAGCGGGAAGCUUUUUUGAGAAUCAUAAUGCAACCGUAUGGUAUCGUUCGAAGAGCCGAGCCUAUACCACCGCCGAAUCCUUUCCCGAGGCCAAAUAAGGUGUUCCAUAUUGGCCAACUGGAGGAAUGUCGGGAGUUGAGAAACAGGCUGAAGACGGAAAAGAAGAAAACGAAAAAACAAAGGACCCAACUAUCCACACUGAAUUGGAUACUAAUCAAAAAGAAGGACUACUGGCUCAAUCCGCACGGUCUGAUGAACGCAUUAGGGUUCCUUGCGUAUGGUUCAUCGUUUGAACCUAUUAGUGCCCGUUACUUCCAUAGUAACUAUAUAGUGUUGUCCAUAGUGUAAGUUAAUAUAUUACAACAAGUUGAAAAACCUUGUCGAAUAUCCCAAUUAAAUAUACAAAAAUUUAUUUUCAGCUCGCGCAAGACAGAAUCUCCAGAAGACCAACCAAUAUCGAACAUGCAGAAGACCGCCACUGCCCCAUCGUCUUUGUUUUCUGCUGUUACUCCUUCGUCGUCACAUGGACUCUUACCUUUUUGUACGUCUGCUUCUAAUCGCAUGGCGCAGAUUGGAUCAUCUGUACCUAUUGAGAUGUCAAAAGAACCCGGAUGUUCAAAAUCCACUUCUAUAUUGGUCGACAAAGCUGGUGGAACGGCUUCGAAACCUGUCUCUAAUGGAGCUGCUGUUCUAGGAGCUUUAGGUGGAGAUUAUGGUUCAUCUUCAGGAGAUGAAGAAUGA